AUGCAGAGAACAGAGGGUUUCUAUAUCUACCACGAGAGUGACAAUGUGUCUAAUGGAAAGAAAGCUCGUUUGCUGAGCCCAGCUAUCUCAUCAUCUGCCUCUGAUAUCUGUGUCCAGUUUCGAUACUACAUGUAUGGUACAGACUCUAAAAAUGUCCUGAUGGUUCUGUCAAAAACAACCAACAGUGAACAGGAGGUCUGGAAAAGGGAAGGCUUCCAGAGUCCAUCCUGGCUGAAAGGAUCCAUCACAGUGUCCAAACCCAGCAGUCAGAAUAUCAAUAUUGUGUUUGAAGCUCAGAGAGGCUUUAGCCCUUCCUGUGAUUCAGCUCUGGACAACAUUGUUAUUACUGAAGGAGCAUGUCCCACUUGUGUUUCUGGCUGUGAUUUUGACACAGUGAAUGAACUGUGUGGAUGGAUGACCCACGUUGACAAUCCUGAAGUGUUUGGCUUUUCUCAAUGGGCUGGGGCAACAGAUACUGAAGGUACUGGGCCUGAUGAUGACUUCUCCAAACCAGGAUUUGGGUCCUACAUGUUGAUGGAUUCUAUAGAUGUCGUCCCUGGAGCCAGCGCUCAGAUCAGAAGUCCUAUAAUAAACCCUGCCUCUGGAUGUCUAGAGCUCACCUUCCACUACUACUUGUAUGGUACCAGCACCACCAUGGAGAUCAGUGUCCACACCAUGACCGAAACUGGGAGCCUUGGACCUGCGCUUUUUAGUGUCAGGGGAAACCAAGGUGAAGGAUGGAAGCCUGCAGAGGUCCGCUAUGUAGGAAAUGAUGCUGUUCGGUUUGUGAUCGUGGGUACCUAUGGAGAAACUCUUAAGACAGAUAUUGCUGUGGAUGCUGUGUGUGUCAUGACCUGCAAAGCUCAACCAGCAACUCCUCUGCCACCAGUAACAACUCCUGGACCAACAACACCUAAACCAACUACAACCAAACCAGAAACUCCGGGACCAACUACACCUAAACCAACUCCUGGACCAACUACACCUAAACCAACUACACCGGAACCAACAAGUCAUGGACCAACUACACCCAAACCAACUACACCGGAACCAACAAGUCAUGGACCAACUACAACCAAACCAGAAACUCCUGGACCAACUACACCCAAACCAACUCAUGGACCAACUACACCUAAACCAACUACACCGGAACCAACAAGUCAUGGACCAACUACACCGGAACCAACUACACCGGAACCAACAAGUCAUGAACCAACUACACCCAAACCAACUACACCGGAACCAACAAGUCAUGGACCAACUACAACCAAACCAGAAACUCCUGGACCAACUACACCUAAACCAACUCCUGGACCAACUACACCUAAACCAACAACAACCAAACCAGAAACUCCUGGACCAACUACACCCAAACCAACUCAUGGACCAACUACACCUAAACCAACUACACCGGAACCAACAAGUCAUGGACCAACUACACCUAAACCAACUACACCGGAACCAACAAGUCAUGGACCAACUACACCUAAACCAACUCAUGGACCAACAACACCCAAACCAACAACCAAGCCACCAAAUAAAUGUCCUCCUAAUGCAGAGUACAUAGACUGCGGUCCAGCUUGUAUUCCCACCUGUCAGGAACCCUCCACCAACUGUUCUGGCUCUUGUAUCAGUGGCUGCUUCUGCAAACCAGGGUAUCUCUUCAAGGGAAGACGUUGUGUGCCAGUGGACAAAUGUGGCUGUCUGGAUGACGACAAUAACUAUUAUGAGCCUGGCGAAAUUAUAUUUGGAGAUGGCUGUUCAAAACUGUGCCGCUGUGCAGGAAACUACACUUUGGAAUGCGUAGAUAACUCCUGUGACCCCACUGAAGAGUGUCGAGAAGUUAAUGGUGUUUCAGGGUGUUAUCCUAAAGAUACAUCCACAUGCAUAGCAACUGGUGAUCCUCACUACACCACCUUUGACAAACGCAAGUACAACUUCAUGGGCAGCUGCAGCUAUCUGAUGUCUGGACCCUGUAAUAAAACAACUGAGCCAUACUUUGAGAUCCAUGCUGACAACGAAAAUCGCCACAACAAUCAUAAGGUCUCCUAUUUGAAGGCUGUACAUGUGUAUGUGUACAUGAAGAAGAUCUCCAUUCUCAAAGGCGGCACCGUGCAAGUGAAUGGAACCAAUGUCAACAUACCAGUGAGUCUGGCCCCAGAUGUUUCUGUGUUCAAGGCUGGAAAGCACUACACUGUGUCCAUGAGCUUUGGUGUAACUGUUCGCUACGAUGGAAACCACUUCAUGGACAUCAAAGUGAUUAAAGACUAUGCAGACCAGCUGUGUGGUUUGUGUGGAGAUUACAAUGGAAAUGCUAAAGAUGACUUCCGUAAACCAGAUGGAGCCUUGACCAACAAUGCCAAUGACUUUGGAGACAGCUGGAACACUGAUCCAGAAUGUAACAAGAAACCCAACACCACCAUCCCUGGGUGUGAUGAAGAAGAGCAGGAACUGUAUGAGGGCUCUGAAUACUGUGGCAUCCUGCUGGACAAGAAGGGGCCCUUUGCUGUGUGCCACCCCAAAGUCAACCCCAAUGACUACUUCCGGGACUGUCUCUUUGACUUAUGUGAGCUGGAUGGAGCCCAUCGAAUUCUCUGUGAGGCAAUCGAAGCCUAUGUAAAUGAAUGCCAGGACCGUGGGGUAAACAUUGGACCCUGGAGGGAUGAAGACUUCUGCCCGCUGAGCUGCCCCCCAAAUAGCCACUAUGAGCUCUGUGCAGACAGCUGUCAAGAGACGUGUACUGGUAAGCCUCCCUCCUGUGCUGGCCCCUGUUCUGAGGCCUGCGUUUGUGAUUCCGGCUACGUCCUGAGUGCUGGCAAGUGUGUAAAGGAGACUGCGUGUGGCUGCACCUAUACCAAUGGCCAGUAUUAUAAGCCUGGAGAGGAGUUUUAUGUGGAAGACUGUAAGCUGAAGUGUACGUGCAAUGCUCCCUUCGUUACCUGUGCACCUUCUGAUUGUCCACCGCUGCACGAGUGCAAACUCCAGGAUGGAGACCUGGGCUGCUAUCCCACUGGUUCUCAGGACUGUGUGGUGUCUGGAGAUCCUCACUAUUCCACGUUUGACGAUAAGUACUACACCUUCAUGGGAACUUGUACCUACACGCUGGCCAGGACAUGCAAGAAUGACACAGGUCCCUGGUUUUCUGUGGAGGGAAAGAAUGAGGAGAGAGGAGUGUCAGGGGUGUCCUACCUCAGAAAACUCUAUGUCACAGUGGAUGGCAUCACCGUGACCCUGUUGAAAUCCAAGAUAACACUGGUGAACGGACUGCAGGUAGCCUUGCCUCAUUCCCCCUCUCCUCUCAUGUCUAUAACUCUCGCUGGUCAGUUCGUCACCGUGCAGACAACCUUUGGUCUGAGGGUGCGUUGGAAUGGAGACCAUUAUGCUCAGAUCACAGUUCCAAGCACCUACUACGACCAGAUGUGCGGUCUCUGUGGGGACUAUGAUGAAAACCCAGACAAUGACUUCACUAAACCAGAUGGCACUCUGGUAGGAAAUGUCAAUGACUUUGGGAACAGCUGGCAGACAGAUGAGGACGAGGAUGACACGUGUACCCCAGACACAAAGCCCGAUCCAGACUGUGACCCUGAACUUGAAACUGAGGUGGUGAAACCAGAUAAAUGUGGCAAAAUUAAAGAUCCUGCUGGACCCUUCAGGGAAUGUAUCAAUGUGGUGGAUCCUACUCCAUUCUUCCAGAGUUGUGUGUUUGACAUGUGUCAGUUCCACGGCCUGCAGCAUGUGCUGUGCAACCAACUGGAGGCCUACACUGAUGCAUGCCACAGAGCUGGGGCCACGGUGGACCAGUGGAGGACUCCAGACUUCUGCCCCCUGGAAUGUCCACCUAACAGCUCCUACUCACUGUGUGUCAGUUCAUGUCCUGAGACAUGUGUGGGUGUGGUUGGACCACCUGGCUGUGAAGACAUAUGUGUGGAGGGUUGUGACUGUGACCCAGGUUUCAUUCUCAGCGGUGACAAAUGUGUGGCAUUGAAAGACUGUGGCUGUGUGGACACCAGUGGAUCUUAUCAUCCUGUGGGUGAUGACUGGUACGUGGAAGGUUGUGAGCAGAAGUGCAAGUGCCAGAGUGGAGGUCUGAUCCAGUGUCAUAAUACCAGCUGUAAACCAACCACCGAGAGCUGCCAGCUCCAUGAUGGAGAAUACCAAUGCCGCCCUCUGGAAAAAUGUCCUCCUAAUGCAGAGUACAUAGACUGCGGUCCAGCUUGUAUUCCCACCUGUCAGGAACCCUCCACCAACUGUUCUGGCUCCUGUAUCAGUGGCUGCUUCUGCAAACCAGGGUAUCUCUUCAAGGGAAAACGUUGUGUGCCAGUGGACAAAUGUGGCUGUCUGGAUGACGACAAUAACUAUUAUGAGCCUGGCGAAGUUAUAUUUGGAGAUGGCUGUUCAAAACUGUGCCACUGUGCAGGAAACUACACUUUGGAAUGCGUAGAUAACUCCUGUGACCCCACUGAAGAGUGUCGAGAAGUUAAUGGUGUUUCAGGGUGUUAUCCUAAAGAUACAUCCACAUGCAUAGCAACUGGUGAUCCUCACUACACCACCUUUGACAAACGCAAGUACAACUUCAUGGGCAGCUGCAGCUAUCUGAUGUCUGGACCCUGUAAUAAAACAACUGAGCCAUACUUUGAGAUCCAUGCUGACAACGAAAAUCGCCACAACAAUCAUAAGGUCUCCUAUUUGAAGGCUGUGCAUGUGUAUGUGUACAUGAAGAAGAUCUCCAUUCUCAAAGGCGGCACCGUGCAAGUGAAUGGAACCAAUGUCAACAUACCAGUGAGUCUGGCCCCAGAUGUUUCUGUGUUCAAGGCUGGAAAGCACUACACUGUGUCCAUGAGCUUUGGUGUAACUGUUCGCUAUGAUGGAAACCACUUCAUGGACAUCAAAGUGAUUAAAGACUAUGCAGACCAGCUGUGUGGUUUGUGUGGAGAUUACAAUGGAAAUGCUAAAGAUGACUUCCGUAAACCAGAUGGAGCCUUGACCAACAAUGCCAAUGACUUUGGAGACAGCUGGAACACUGAUCCAGAAUGUAACAAGAAACCCAACACCACCAUCCCUGGGUGUGAUGAAGAAGAGCAGGAACUGUAUGAGGGCUCUGAAUACUGUGGCAUCCUGCUGGACAAGAAGGGUCCCUUUGCUGUGUGCCACCCCAAAGUCAACCCCAAUGACUACUUCCGGGACUGUCUCUUUGACUUAUGUGAGCUGGAUGGAGCCCAUCGAAUUCUCUGUGAGGCCAUCGAAGCCUAUGUAAAUGAAUGCCAGGACCGUGGGGUAAACAUUGGACCCUGGAGGGAUGAAGACUUCUGCCCGCUGAGCUGCCCCCCAAAUAGCCACUAUGAGCUCUGUGCAGACAGCUGUCAAGAGACGUGUACUGGUAAGCCUCCCUCCUGUGCUGGCCCCUGUUCUGAGGCCUGCGUUUGUGAUUCCGGCUACGUCCUGAGUGCUGGCAAGUGUGUAAAGGAGACUGCGUGUGGCUGCACCUAUACCAAUGGCCAGUAUUAUAAGCCUGGAGAGGAGUUUUAUUUGGAAGACUGUAAGCUGAAGUGUACGUGCAAUGCUCCCUUCGUUACCUGUGCACCUUCUGAUUGUCCACCGCUGCACGAGUGCAAACUCCAGGAUGGAGACCUGGGCUGCUAUCCCACUGGUUCUCAGGACUGUGUGGUGUCUGGAGAUCCUCACUAUUCCACGUUUGACGAUAAGUACUACACCUUCAUGGGAACUUGUACCUACACGCUGGCCAGGACAUGCAAGAAUGACACAGGUCCCUGGUUUUCUGUGGAGGGAAAGAAUGAGGAGAGAGGAGUGUCAGGGGUGUCCUACCUCAGAAAACUCUAUGUCACAGUGGAUGGCAUCACCGUGACCCUGUUGAAAUCCAAGAUAACACUGGUGAACGGACUGCAGGUAGCCUUGCCUCAUUCCCCCUCUCCUCUCAUGUCUAUAACUCUCGCUGGUCAGUUCGUCACCGUGCAGACAACCUUUGGUCUGAGGGUGCGUUGGAAUGGAGACCAUUAUGCUCAGAUCACAGUUCCAAGCACCUACUACGACCAGAUGUGCGGUCUCUGUGGGGACUAUGAUGAAAACCCAGACAAUGACUUCACUAAACCAGAUGGCACUCUGGUAGGAAAUGUCAAUGACUUUGGGAACAGCUGGCAGACAGAUGAGGACGAGGAUGACACGUGUACCCCAGACACAAAGCCCGAUCCAGACUGUGACCCUGAACUUGAAACUGAGGUGGUGAAACCAGAUAAAUGUGGCAAAAUUAAAGAUCCUGCUGGACCCUUCAGGGAAUGUAUCAAUGUGGUGGAUCCUACUCCAUUCUUCCAGAGUUGUGUGUUUGACAUGUGUCAGUUUCACGGCCAGCAGCAUGUGCUGUGCAACCAACUGGAGGCCUACACUGAUGCAUGCCACAGAGCUGGGGCCACGGUGGACCAGUGGAGGACUCCAGACUUCUGCCCCCUGGAAUGUCCACCAAACAGCUCCUACUCACUGUGUGUCAGUUCAUGUCCUGAGACAUGUGUGGGUGUGGUUGGACCACCUGGCUGUGAAGACAUAUGUGUGGAGGGUUGUGACUGUGACCCAGGUUUCAUUCUCAGCGGUGACAAAUGUGUGGCAUUGAAAGACUGUGGCUGUGUGGACACCAGUGGAUCUUAUCAUCCUGUAAGUAAAAUGAAGUGUGAUUGUUUUUUCUUUCAUUCUUUUGCACAUUUAUUAUCCCCAGUCUUUGCUAAGAUAAUUCAUUUUCUCUCUUUAGAAAAAUGUCCUCCUAAUGCAGAGUACAUAGACUGCGGUCCAGCUUGUAUUCCCACCUGUCAGGAACCCUCCACCAACUGUUCUGGCUCUUGUAUCAGUGGCUGCUUCUGCAAACCAGGGUAUCUCUUCAAGGGAAAACGUUGUGUGCCAGUGGACAAAUGUGGCUGUCUGGAUGACGACAAUAACUAUUAUGAGCCUGGCGAAGUUAUAUUUGGAGAUGGCUGUUCAAAACUGUGCCACUGUGCAGGAAACUACACUUUGGAAUGCGUAGAUAACUCCUGUGACCCCACUGAAGAGUGUCGAGAAGUUAAUGGUGUUUCAGGGUGUUAUCCUAAAGAUACAUCCACAUGCAUAGCAACUGGUGAUCCUCACUACACCACCUUUGACAAACGCAAGUACAACUUCAUGGGCAGCUGCAGCUAUCUGAUGUCUGGACCCUGUAAUAAAACAACUGAGCCAUACUUUGAGAUCCAUGCUGACAACGAAAAUCGCCACAACAAUCAUAAGGUCUCCUAUUUGAAGGCUGUACAUGUGUAUGUGUACAUGAAGAAGAUCUCCAUUCUCAAAGGCGGCACCGUGCAAGUGAAUGGAACCAAUGUCAACAUACCAGUGAGCCUGGCCCCAGAUGUUUCUGUGUUCAAGGCUGGAAAGCACUACACUGUGUCCAUGAGCUUUGGUGUAACUGUUCGCUAUGAUGGAAACCACUUCAUGGACAUCAAAGUGAUUAAAGACUAUGCAGACCAGCUGUGUGGUUUGUGUGGAGAUUACAAUGGAAAUGCUAAAGAUGACUUCCGUAAACCAGAUGGAGCCUUGACCAACAAUGCCAAUGACUUUGGAGACAGCUGGAACACUGAUCCAGAAUGUAACAAGAAACCCAACACCACCAUCCCUGGGUGUGAUGAAGAAGAGCAGGAACUGUAUGAGGGCUCUGAAUACUGUGGCAUCCUGCUGGACAAGAAGGGUCCCUUUGCUGUGUGCCACCCCAAAGUCAACCCCAAUGACUACUUCCGGGACUGUCUCUUUGACUUAUGUGAGCUGGAUGGAGCCCAUCGAAUUCUCUGUGAGGCCAUCGAAGCCUAUGUAAAUGAAUGCCAGGACCGUGGGGUAAACAUUGGACCCUGGAGGGAUGAAGACUUCUGCCCGCUGAGCUGCCCCCCAAAUAGCCACUAUGAGCUCUGUGCAGACAGCUGUCAAGAGACGUGUACUGGUAAGCCUCCCUCCUGUGCUGGCCCCUGUUCUGAGGCCUGCGUUUGUGAUUCCGGCUACGUCCUGAGUGCUGGCAAGUGUGUUAAGGAGACUGCGUGUGGCUGCACCUAUACCAAUGGCCAGUAUUAUAAGCCUGGAGAGGAGUUUUAUGUGGAAGACUGUAAGCUGAAGUGUACGUGCAAUGCUCCCUUCGUUACCUGUGCACCUUCUGAUUGUCCACCGCUGCACGAGUGCAAACUCCAGGAUGGAGACCUGGGCUGCUAUCCCACUGGUUCUCAGGACUGUGUGGUGUCUGGAGAUCCUCACUAUUCCACGUUUGACGAUAAGUACUACACCUUCAUGGGAACUUGUACCUACACGCUGGCCAGGACAUGCAAGAAUGACACAGGUCCCUGGUUUUCUGUGGAGGGAAAGAAUGAGGAGAGAGGAGUGUCAGGGGUGUCCUACCUCAGAAAACUCUAUGUCACAGUGGAUGGCAUCACCGUGACCCUGUUGAAAUCCAAGAUAACACUGGUGAACGGACUGCAGGUAGCCUUGCCUCAUUCCCCCUCUCCUCUCAUGUCUAUAACUCUCGCUGGUCAGUUCGUCACCGUGCAGACAACCUUUGGUCUGAGGGUGCGUUGGAAUGGAGACCAUUAUGCUCAGAUCACAGUUCCAAGCACCUACUACGACCAGAUGUGCGGUCUCUGUGGGGACUAUGAUGAAAACCCAGACAAUGACUUCACUAAACCAGAUGGCACUCUGGUAGGAAAUGUCAAUGACUUUGGGAACAGCUGGCAGACAGAUGAGGACGAGGAUGACACGUGUACCCCAGACACAAAGCCCGAUCCAGACUGUGACCCUGAACUUGAAACUGAGGUGGUGAAACCAGAUAAAUGUGGCAAAAUUAAAGAUCCUGCUGGACCCUUCAGGGAAUGUAUCAAUGUGGUGGAUCCUACUCCAUUCUUCCAGAGUUGUGUGUUUGACAUGUGUCAGUUCCACGGCCAGCAGCAUGUGCUGUGCAACCAACUGGAGGCCUACACUGAUGCAUGCCACAGAGCUGGGGCCACGGUGGACCAGUGGAGGACUCCAGACUUCUGCCCCCUGGAAUGUCCACCUAACAGCUCCUACUCACUGUGUGUCAGUUCAUGUCCUGAGACAUGUGUGGGUGUGGUUGGACCACCUGGCUGUGAGGACAUAUGUGUGGAGGGUUGUGACUGUGACCCAGGUUUCAUUCUCAGCGGUGACAAAUGUGUGGCAUUGAAAGACUGUGGCUGUGUGGACACCAGUGGAUCUUAUCAUCCUGUGGGUGAUGACUGGUACGUGGAAGGUUGUGAGCAGAAGUGCAAGUGUCAGAGUGGAGGUCUGAUCCAGUGUCAUAAUACCAGCUGUAAACCAACCACCGAGAGCUGCCAGCUCCAUGAUGGAGAAUACCAAUGCCGCCCUCUGGGAAGUGGUAUCUGCUCUGUGUCUGGUGACCCUCAUUACAACACCUUUGAUAAACACACUCACAAUUAUAUGGGAGCCUGCUCCUACACCCUGACCAAACCCUGCAAUGAGUCCUCUGGCUUGCCAUAUUUCACUGUUGACACUCAAAAUGAACACAGAGGAAGUAAUAAGAAGGUUUCGUAUGUCCGGGCCGUGGUGAUCAAUGUGAAUGGUGAAACUAUCAUCCUUGGCCAGGGCCGCACAGUCCAGGUCAAUGGAACAGUGGUUGUUCCACCUGUCACCACCAUCAGUGGAGUUAAGAUCUAUUUAAGUGGAAAGUUUGUCGUCGUGGAGACAACCUUCGGCUUGAGGGUGCGUUUUGACGGUAACCACCAUGCUGACGUCACUGUUCCAAACUCCUACAAUGGCCUGCUCUGUGGUUUGUGUGGAAAUUUUAAUGGAGACUCCAAAGAUGACAACUUGAAACCAGACAAUACACCAGCCGCUAACAGCAAUGAGCUGGGAGAUAGCUGGGAGGUUCCUGACCCACGGCCUGACUGUACUAACGGUGGAGGACAGGAAGACUGUGAUGAAAAGGUGGAAGAAGAGGCCAAUAAGCCCACCAGCUGUGGCAAGAUCACUGAUCCCAAUGGAAUCUUUAAGGAAUGCCACUCUGUUGUGCCCCCUGAGCCAUACUUUGGAAACUGCGUGUAUGACAUGUGUGCCACUGGAGGUGAGAUUGUUGACCUGUGCCAGGCCAUACAGAGCUAUGCUGAUAUGUGUGCUGCUGCAGGAGUACCCAUCCCCUGGAGGAACACUACCUUCUGUCCUCUGAAGUGCCCCCCUGGCAGUCAUUACACCCCAUGUGGCCCUGCCUGCGAACAACCCAGUUGUCAGGACCCUGCAGGCCCUGGAGGCUCCUGCAACCAUCCCUGUGUGGAGGGUUGCAUCUGUGACCCUGGCCUUGUCCUCAGUGGAGACAAAUGUGUAUCAAUCAAUGAGUGUGGAUGUACUGAUGAAGAUGGAAAGUACAGGCCGGCUGGAGACACUUGGUUUUCAGAGACUGACUGCUCAGAGCGUUGUAAAUGCAAUGGCAACGGCAACAUUACCUGUGAGCCCUGGCAAUGCAGCCCUGCCCAGGAGUGUAAAGUGGUGGAAGGAGUGCUGGACUGUCACUCUACAGGUAAAGGAGUAUGUCAUGUAGCUGGAGAUCCUCAUUACUACACUUUUGAUGGUGUAAUGCACACAUUCAUGGGCACCUGCACUUACACUCUUGUGGAGGUAUGUAAUACCACCAGCGUAACUCCCUUCAAAAUAGUGGCUAAAAAUGAGGAACGCGGUCAACCAGAAGCCUCCUAUGUUCGCUCUGUGACAGUCUACCUGCCCCAUGACACUGUAGUUGAACUGCAAAAGGGUCGCAGAGUUCUGCUGAAUGGACGGCGGGUGCGAACCCCAAUUUCCAUUGACGUGGCCGGAGCCAAAGUGAUAAGCAGUGGAUCCUACAAUCUUUUGGACACAAACUUUGGUCUGCAGGUGAAGUUUGAUGGAGUCCACCACCUGGAGAUCACUAUUCCUGGAGAUUAUUUCAACAAGGUGUGUGGCAUGUGUGGAAAUUACAACAGCGACUCUUCUGAUGACGACCUGAUGCCCAACAACAAACCGGCCAAGGAUGUGAUUGAACUGGGCAACAGCUGGAAAUCAGAUGGAGACAGUGACCCUGGCUGUCAGCCAGACACUCGUCCAGACAUCCACCCCAAUUGCACCGCAGAUGAAGAGACUCUUUUCAAUGCUCAGUGUGCUGAGGUCAUCCUCUCUGACCGUUUCAAGCCCUGCCACUCUCUGGUAAACGCAGAGGCUUUCCUGGAUAACUGCAUCUACGACAUGUGUGAGUAUAAUGGCAUGCAGGCGACGCUCUGUGACAACGUGGAGGCGUAUGCUCAGGCCUGUCAGAGCGCUGGAGUUACCAUCAGCUGGAGAAACAGCACCUUCUGCCCCAUGCCAUGCCCUGUUAACAGCCACUACUCAGACUGUACGCCCCCCUGCCCCGCCACAUGUUCCGAUCUCUUCCCCAUGUUCUGCCACCUCCCUCCAACCACCUGUGUGGAGGGCUGCCAGUGCGAUGCCGGCUUUGUCCUCAGUGACAACAACUGUGUUCCUCUGGACAAAUGUGGCUGUCUGGACUCAAACGGAGAGUACCAUGAUGUGGGAGACUCAUGGCUGACAGAUACAUGUGCUGAAUCAUGUAGAUGUAACCUUGGUGGCCAAAUCACAUGUAAGGACCACAGCUGUAAUUCUAACUCAGUGUGCGCUCUAGACAAAGAUGGAGAUCUUCACUGCAAACCCACAAAAUUCAAUACGUGCAUGCUUCAUGGGGAUCCUCAUCACCGAACAUUUGAUGGUUUCACCCAUCAUUUCCAGGGUCCCUACACCUACGUGCUAACUAAGACCCACGACCUUGAUGAUUCCCUGUUGCCCCUGACAGUGCGGGGAAAGAAUAUCAGAGGGAGCGGAAACAAGAAGGUGUCAUACCUGAAUGAGAUGUACAUAGAUGUUUACGAUGUUGAUGUUCGCUUUCAGCAGAAGAACAAAGUCCUGGUAAAUGGGGAGCGUGUAGCACCUCCUCUCAGUCCAGUUGACGGUUUGACCAUCACAAUGAACUCCAAGCAGGUGCAGCUCACCACCGACUUUGGUCUCACUGUACGCUUCGAUGGCAAAAGUCGCGGAGAAAUCAUCCUCCCUGGCACCUAUAUGAACUCUGUCAGAGGACUGUGUGGGAACUAUGAUGGCAUCAGGAGCAAUGAGUACAUGAAGCCAGAUGGGACAGUGGUCAGGAACCUGAAUGAUUUUGGAGAUAGUUGGAGGGUCGAUGACCGACAGGCUCAUCGACUGAGGAGCUACAACCUCCCCAUAAAUGUGCAUGUUCACAGGAGAGAGACGGUGGCUGAUCCAGAUUCAGGAUUUGUGACCUCAGACUGCUCUGAAUCUCAACUCAGUAACUACAACAGUAGAAAUCAGUGUGGAGCACUGUCUGACUCCCAGGGUCCAUUUUUUGCUUGCCAUGCCAAUCUGCCACCCAAAAGCUUCCAGGAUGAUUGUCUGUAUGACCUGUGUGCUGAGAGUGGCAGUGCAGAACUGCGCUGUGCCAGUUAUGAAGCAUAUGCUGUAGCCUGUCAGGAAGCUGGCAUUAAACUGGGACCCUGGAGGCAAGAGCUGGGCUGUGACCUCUCCUGCAAUGCCAACAGCACUUAUUCCACCUGUAUGUCACCUUGCCCUGCCUCCUGCGCUGACCUUGCAGCACCCUCUGAAUGUGACACCCCUAACUGUAUGGAAGGGUGCCAGUGUGCUCCAGGCUUUGUCAUGAGUGAGGACACUUGUGUUCCAUACACAGGGUGUGGCUGUACCUUCCUCAACAGAUACUACCCUCUAAAAGAAAAAUUUGUCACUGAGGACUGCUCUCAGUCCUGUGAAUGCACCAGUACUGGUGCUGUGUGUCAGCCAAAGACCUGCUCGGAUGGCGAUGUGUGCACCAUCUACAACUUCAAACGGGACUGCUAUAAAGCGAGUCCCUGCCUCAGUAGCCCCUGUCUGAAUGGUGGAACAUGUGAGCAUGUCAGCGACAGUAGUUACUACUGUCGAUGUCUAGACGGCUAUGAGGGCGUAAACUGUGAGGGGGAAAAAACGGAAGAAGGAGGAGGAGGAUUAGAAAUCAAGUGGGUUAUCCUGAUUGCGGUCUUGGUCCCAGCCGCUGUCAUCAUCAUCAUCGUGACCACCAUCGUGUGUGUCUGCAGACGCAAAUCCAAGUAAGUCUCCAUGAGCAGUAAUAUGGCAUCAAAAACAAACAGAUGAAACUCAUUUCGACGC